UGUAACAGCACAAUAUGGGAAAAAGACAAAAAGGAAGCAGUGUUUGAGCGGGAAAACCCUGAAAAGGCAUAGACUUGUGAUGGAAGUUUCAAGUCUUCCAAUAUCGGCGUCGCUGAGAGCCAAGCUCAUUUCCGGAGGCUACACGUGUCUUUCCUCUCUAUUUUCCGUAUCUUCCUCUCACAUUGCCCAAGAUCUAAAGAUUUCAGAAAAUGAGGCGCAAGAGAUUUUGAGAGUUGCAUCACAAAGGAGGGCAUCUGAAAGAUCUAAUGGAACUACCUCCAUGGUCAAUGGAGCACAGAGUGCCUGGGAAAUGCUAAACGAGGAGCAAUCGCUUGGCCGCAUCAUAACAUCCUGUUCAGAGUUGGAUGACAUCUUGGGUGGGGGAAUAAGUUGCAAAGAGGUUACUGAAAUUGGUGGGGUGCCAGGAAUUGGAAAAACGCAACUUGGGAUACAACUUGCAGUGAACGUUCAAAUUCCAAUGGAUUAUGGUGGUCUUCAAGGCAAGGCAGUAUAUAUAGAUACGGAAGGCAGCUUCAUGGUGGAGCGUGCUUUACAAAUUGCUGAAGCUUGUUUGGAAGAUAUGCGUGGAUAUCAUGGAUUUUUAAAGAGGGAUUUACAAGGUUGUCAAAUUAACAUGCAGCCAAAGGAUUUCCUUGAGAACAUAUUCUAUUUUCGUGUUUGUAGUUACACAGAGCAAAUUGCUGUGGUAAAUUACUUGGAAAAGUUCAUCUCGGAGCAUAAAGAUGUCAAGGUUGUUAUUAUUGAUAGCAUUACAUUCCAUUUCCGUCAAGAUUUUGAUGACAUGGCCCUUCGAACCCGACUUCUGGGUGGAAUGGCCUUAAAGUUGAUGAACCUUGCAAAGAAAUUUACUUUGGCUGUUGUCCUCUUGAAUCAGGUAACAACCAAGUAUACCGAAGGUCAAUAUCAAUUAACUCUUGCAUUAGGAGAUAGCUGGUCACAUGCUUGCACUAACCGGGUGAUUUUAUACUGGAAUGGUAACGAACGGUAUGCAUACAUUGACAAGUCGCCUUCUGUUCGAUCAGCAACUGCUCCAUAUUCUGUAACAGGAAGAGGGAUUCGGAGCUCUGUUUCAAACUGUAAACGAGUCAAGAUGAUGUAAGUUGUUGAUUAAAAAUUUAAAAGACAAAUGAAUGGAACACCUUAUUUUUUUCUCUAGGGAGCUUUGCAUGAUGUUCCAUGAUCUUGUAAAUGCUAUUCAUUACCGUGAAUCUCUGUUGUAUCAGAAAAUAAAACAUUUGCCUAGAGGGAUCAACACGAAAGUAAAAUAUAUUUAGUCAGAUAUAUUUUCAUUGAA